UUUUCAUUCCAGAAACCGGCCUAUCUCUGCUUGUUCCACCUGCGUCUGCGCCUACAACAGAAACUAAUCAAGAAAAACAAGAAAGUGUAUUUACAUUUAGUGACGAUCCUGCUCGGUGGGUUAUAAACGAUUAUUUUCGUGACUAUAUCGCAAAACACGGUUGGAACCAGAAUAAAAACGCAGAUUUCAAGCUUUCCAGGCGAAAGUAUGCGAAUGAGAAUCAAUAUAGAUCUAUGUCGGCUUCUUUAUUUCAAAGAAAAAUGCACAAUAAUGAAAUCUCUAAUCGUUUAUGGCUUAUAUAUUCAGAAARCAAGAAAUCUGUUUUUUGUGGCCCCUGUUUGCUCUUUGGUUGUUAUGGACAGAAUUCUUUUUGUAAUUCGGAUGGAUUCAAUGAUUGGAAGAACGCCUCUGUUUGUGUUGGACAACAUGAAAAUACACAAGACCAUAAGAAAUGCAUUUUAAGUUUGAAAGACAGAGCAUCUGUUAUAGGAAAAAUUGAUCAUGAUUUGACCGCCCAACUUGAUAAGGAAAUAUCAUAUUGGCGAGAAGUUAUAAAAAGAGUGGUUGCUGCUGUCAAAACAUUGGUUUCUCGUGGACUUCCUCUUAGGGGUGAUGCGGAGAAAAUCGGUUUAAAAAAUAAUGGAAAUUUUUUAAUGCUCUUGGAAUUCCUCUCUGAAUUUGAUCCAUUUAUGAACGAACAUAUUAAAAAUUACGCAAACAAAGGUAGUGGCUCAACAAGUUAUUUGUCAAAAACGAUUUAUGAAGAAUUGAUUGAACUUAUGGCAAAAAAAGUUAGGGAGACAAUUAUUGCAGAGGUGAAAAAAGCGAAAUAUUACUCGAUAAUUGUUGAUUCUACUCCUGAYAUUUCUCACGUAGAUCAGCUUGCUUUUAUUUUAAGAUACGUACUACCAAAUGGUGUAGCAGUUGAACGUUUUGUAAAAUUACUCGAUAAUGUUGGACAUAAGGGUACAGAUAUGUAUAAUGCUGUGAAAGAAACUCUAAAAACCUUGCAAAUAAAUUUUAAUGACUUGAGAGGUCAGUCAUACGACAAUGCUGCAAAUAUGAGUGGAAUUUAUAAGGGGCUUCAAGCCCUCAUAAAAAAAGAUAACCCUCUGGCUCAGUUUACACCGUGUGCUGGACAUGGAUUAAAUACAGAAAAAAUUGAUGAAACCACGUCACAUGAACCAUUAAAAAAGAAAAGGAAAAUAGUAAAUUCUGAAGAAAAAAGAACGAAUUGCUAG